UGGAGCUGCAGUCCUCAACUCCUCGAUACGGGCCUCUCAUCUCCAAGACCAGUCUCUAGGCUCUCUUCCAUCCUCCUUCUCUCACUCACUCCGUCGCGGGCUCUCUUCUCGACCUUUUUUAUAGCACUUGGGCGCCAUGGUUGCCUCUGCUGUCCGGAUGCGCACCCCCAGCGCCAUGUUUCUCUCCAAAGGCGCCCUUUCUCUGAGGCGGCCGCAGACUGUUCACAGAUUCAAGGAUCUCACUCAAUCUCAAUUGCCCUCUCUGUCCGCCCUUUCCCGCUACUAUGCCUCCAAGUCCUUCCCCCCUCACACUAUCAUCAGCAUGCCCGCUCUGUCGCCGACCAUGAACGCCGGUAACAUUGGUGCCUGGCAGAAGAAGGCCGGUGACUCUCUGUCGCCUGGUGAUGUUUUGGUGGAGAUUGAGACCGACAAGGCUCAGAUGGACUUCGAGUUCCAAGAGGAGGGUGUCUUGGCCAAGGUUCUCUCGGAGACUGGGGAGAAGGACGUUGCUGUUGGCUCUCCUAUCGCUGUUCUGGUCGAGGAGGGUACCGAUGUCUCGGCUUUCGCGGAAUUCACCCUGGAGGAUGCUGGCAGCGAGAAACCUGCUGGUGGCGCUGCGGAGAGCAAGCCCGAGUCUAAGGAGGAGUCUGCUCCGGCCUCUUCCACUCCUGAGGCUCAGCCCACUGCCAUCGAGCCCGACACCUCGGGUGAGAAGCUCCAACCUGCUCUGGACCGUGAGGCCAACAUCAGCCCUGCUGCUAAGGCUCUUGCCCUUGAGAAGGGUGUGCCUAUCAAGUCUCUGAAGGGCACUGGCCGUAAUGGCCAGAUCACCAAGGAGGAUGUUGAGAAGUACCAGCCCGCCGUUGCCGCCACCGCUGCCACCUACGAGGACGUCCCCCUUACCUCCAUGCGCAAGACUAUUGCUUCUCGCCUUCAGCAGUCUAUGCGCGAGAACCCACACUACUUCGUCUCCACUACCUUGUCCGUGACCAAGCUUCUCAAGCUUCGUCAGGCCCUCAACGCCUCCGCCGAUGGCAAGUACAAGCUUUCCGUCAAUGACUUCCUCGUCAAGGCCUGCGCUGCGGCCCUCCUGAAGGUCCCCGCUGUCAACUCCAGCUGGCGUGAGGAGAACGGCCAGGUUGUCAUCCGCCAGCACAAUACUGCCGAUAUCAGCGUUGCUGUCGCUACUCCCAACGGCCUCAUCACCCCUGUUGUCAAGAACGUCCAGGGUCUUGGCCUUGCCAGCAUUUCCAACCAGAUCAAGGAUCUCGGCAAGCGUGCUCGCGACAACAAGCUCAAGCCUGAGGAGUACCAGGGUGGUACUUUCACCAUCAGCAACAUGGGCAUGAACGCUGCCGUCGAGAGAUUCACCGCUGUCAUCAACCCCCCUCAGGCCGGUAUCCUGGCUGUUGGCACUACCCGCAAGGUUGCCGUCCCCGUCGAGACCGCCGAGGGUACUGCUGUUGAGUGGGAUGACCAGAUUGUUGUUACUGGCAGCUUCGACCACAAGGUUGUCGAUGGCGCUGUUGGUGCUGAGUGGAUCAAGGAGCUGAAGAAGGUUGUUGAGAACCCCCUUGAGCUUCUUUUUCGCGCGCCCGAUAUCAACCGGGUUUACCGUGAUGAAUCUGAGAGCACCGCCUCCCUGAUUGACGUCGACUCCCCCCACGUCCAAUCCGUGGACGCCGAUUUCCUCAACCAAGAGGUCAAGACUACGACUCAGGCCGAGCGGAUAGAGCGCGAAGAGCAGGAGAAGGAGGCUAUUGCCGAACGGGAACGGAGCGAGAAGGCGAAGGCCAAAGCCAAGGCCAAGGCUAAGGCCUCUAGUGUGCGCCGUAACAAGAGCAACCCUGUCUACAUUGGAAAUGCUGUUAUCCUGGCCAUUACUGGAGCUGGUCUUGGUUUUGGCGCUUACAAGAAGCACGCCCAGGGCAGACUGUCAUGGCAACUCGUUGGAUUGUGGUCCGGAAUCAUUGGCGCUGUCGGUGCCGUUGACUAUUUUAUCUGGUCAAUGGCAUCUCAAUCUCACUCAAUCUCAUCCAUCAUAAAUGUCACUAUGGUUUCCAGUCAAAUCGCAGCCUCUUUGGCAUCACUAUCGCGCACCAUCGACGACUAUUCUGCCCUGUCGAAGAAAGAGUUGAUCCCGGAGAAGCAAGAGAAAGCGUUUGAGCGAGUGAAAAACUUCCGUGCUGAGCUAGCGGAUUAUCGAGUACACUUCGAGCGACUACGCAAAGAGAGAGAAGAUGCACAAUCGGUAACAAACCGCAACGAGCUACUCGGUCGACGUCCGCAUAAUACCGCCACCCCUGAGAACCCCUACGCGCAAUCCUCCCUUCCCAACCCAUCACCGUUCGCCAAUCCAUCGUCGGCUCGGUCGGGACUAGGAUUCGGAGGCUCAGCGGCCGACUACACCCGGGAGACGCAUGCGCUGCGCGAACAAAGCUUCCUCGCCAAUACGAGUACUCAGCUAGAUGAGUUCCUCGAUCGGGGUCGUGCGGUUCUGGCUGAUUUGGGCCAACAGCGUGAGGUGCUCAAGGGCACGCAGCGUCGACUUUACAGUGUUGCAAACACGCUGGGAGUUAGUGGAGAGACGAUCCGCAAAGUGGAGCGGAGGGCGAAGCAGGACAAGUGGAUUUUCUGGGCUGGGGUGCUCAUAUUCUUCCUCUUUUGCUGGGCGGUACUACACUUUUUGAGGUAAGGAAAGCCUUCGUCGUGUGAGAUUGUGAUGUAUGUAUAUCUGCCAUUUGGGGCAUUACUUCUUCGCUUUGUGUGUUACCUGAGUGUUUUAAUUUGCAAGCGCCGGCGUUGGGAAGUGUAUUGGUUAAGAUAUCAAUAGCUGCUGCUAGUAGCUUUAUAUAGCAGCGAUUAUC